CACGGAUCAUCACGGCCGACGUGCAAACACGAACGCAAUGAGCCAACGCCUCGCCCCCCUUGUGCCUCCCUGCUUCCCUUUCUCUCUGCGCCCCGGCCUGGGCCCGUCGGCUGGCCUUUGCCUUCCUACCUUGCCCAGGCAGGUGCGCGAGAGGUUUCCCCGGCCCUGGGGCUGGGGCCCGCCCUCCCGCACCUCGCGCGCGCCUUUAGUUUGGGGCGGGGCCGGGCCCCUUUUGGUCCGUGGUCGGUGGGCCCCGGCCCGUUUUAUUUUGGAUGGCUCCCUGGCCCCGCGUGUUUUCUUUCCCGCCGGGGGUAUGUGCCGCGCGCGCCCACGCUCGCAGCGCAGGCACGCAUCCGUGGCACCCGCGCGCCGACCCAUUGGCGCCCUAGCUAUUUUCCUUCCGGGCGGCCGGUGUGUGAUAGAUUGGUGUGCGAUUGCGCGCUCGUUGCUGGCUUGUUGGCGGGGGGGGGGCAGCAUCGACCGUCGGCCCCACGCUAGGACAUUCCUUCAUUGUGUAAGUAGGGGUCUGAUGUGCGCUCCCUCGGACGGAAUGGCGCAGGUUCGUGUGCAAAGUGUAGUACGCACCGUGCCCACUUUCCCUCGGAAAAUAAAUGCGUGCCGCUCAGGCGGCCUGCCAGCGGCCCCGCCCGGAGGCUUGCGCGGCUCUCUACCUAUCGCAAUGGAUUUGAGUUGAUUUUGUCG